UCACGUUGAUAGCCGAGGCCGCCAUGCCUCCUGUGGCGGCAGUAGCCACUAUGGCGGACGAUCUCGAGCCGCAGUCGCUCAAGAAGCUAGUUUUAAGAUCGCUGAAGCGCACGUACGAGUUCUUCGACUCGCAACAAAAAAUCGAUGCCAUUGUUCGCGACCCAACCAGCCGUGCAAUUCGGCAAUCAGUGAAGAUCCGCGACGAGUAUCAAGUCGUGCGCCAUCUCCCCCCGCCACUGCCCGCGGGGCAAGCCGGCAAGGACCCCGCGCAGCCCGCGGGCGCAGGCGCGCCAGCAGCGGCGGGGGCUGGCGCGCCAGGCGCGGGCGGAAGCCUGCCGUCGCUGGCGGCGGUGGUGGAGCAAGCCGCGUCGCAGCCGCAAGGGGGGCUCGGUGGGCCUCCCUCCGCUGCUGGCGUGGCAGGGAAUGCUGGCGGCGGUGCAGCGGGAGCCGCCGCUGGCCCUGCGCCUGGUGCCUCCAGUGCUAUUGUGCUCGCCUCCAGCUCCAACUCCCAGGGAGCCCUCGUGCCACUCACGGCGCCUGGCGCUGCGGCUGCGGCUGCACCCUCCAAUGCCGUCACCGUGGCGGACAGGUACAAGCCCAGCGCGGCCAUAAUUCGCCGCCUGCCCAGCAAGUGGCCCAAGCCCGAGUGGCACCCGCCCUGGAAGAACUACCGCGUGAUCAGUGGGCACAUGGGGUGGGUGCGCUCGGUGGCCUUUGAGCCGGGCAACGAGUGGUUCUGCACCGGCUCUGCUGACCGCACCAUCAAGAUCUGGGAGCUAGCCACAGGCAAGCUGAAGCUGACUCUCACAGGGCAUAUCGAGCAGAUCAGAGGCCUGGCCGUGAGCCCCAAGUACCCCUACAUGUUCUCUGCGGGCGACGACAAGCUCGUCAAGUGCUGGGAUCUCGAGUACAACAAGGUGAUUCGUUCGUACCACGGGCAUCUGAGUGGCGUGUACUGCCUCGCGCUGCACCCCAUGCUGGAUGUGCUUCUAACGGGGGGGAGAGACUCCGUCUGCCGGGUGUGGGACGUGCGCACCAAGGCGCAGAUCUUUGCUCUCAGCGGCCACGACAACACCGUGUGCUCCGUGAUCGCCCAGGCCACUGACCCCCAAGUGAUCACGGGCUCGCACGACACCACUGUGAAGCUCUGGGACCUGGCUGCGGGCAAGGCCAUGUCUACUCUCACAUACCACAAGAAGUCCGUCAGAGCCCUUGCCAAGCACCCCUUCGAGAAGACGUUUGUGUCGGCGUCAGCAGACAACAUCAAGAAGUACAAACUGCCCAAGGGGGAGUUCCUGCACAACAUGCUCUCCCAGCAGCGCACCAUCAUCAACACGGCGGAUGUGAAUGAGGACAACGUGCUCGCGUCAGGAGGCGACAACGGGUCCAUCUGGUUCUGGGACUGGAAGAGCGGCCACAACUUCCAACAGACACAGACCAUCGUGCAGCCAGGGUCGCUCGACAGUGAGGCGGGCAUAUAUGCGAUGGGAUUCGACGUGACGGGCAAGCGGCUGGUGACGUGUGAAGCGGACAAGACCAUCAAAAUGUGGAAGGAGGAUGAAAAUGCCACCCCGGAAACGCAUCCCGUCAAUUUCCGGCCGCCCAAAGACAUGCGGCGCUUUUGAGUCAAAGGUUGUGUGCACAACAUGCAUAGCUAAUGAAUGGGUGUCAGGAUCAAGCCAUGUUUCAGGUACCUAGCAGCUUAAUACCCACUUUUUUUUGCUCGUGUAGUUGUGAUUGUGUACGUGGACUGGGUUCUAUUUUAUGAUUCGUGCAGAUGAUGGCACAUGGAAACGAUACUGCGCCAUGAAUUCCCUUCACAAGGUGUGAUGAAAGGCACUUCAUCAUAACAGGUUGACCUGAUCCAUUGGUUUUGUUAGCGUGCCUUCUCAAACGCGGAAU